AUGACAAGCACGUCAGGUGCACAGGUGCCAGAGCAAGAGCAGAGAAUCGUUCUGCCUCUUGUGGAAGUCCCAUCAACCCACACCAUUCUUGGCCGUCGCUUGAACAUACCCCCGGAUUCACAUCCAAAUGCGCUUGGCAACUAUGACAAUGUUCAGUACCAUGUGGAUAUCGAGGUCGGUGUGGGCUGUGUCGGCAAGACCCGGCAAAAGUUCCAGGUCGUGCCUGACACCGGCAGCUCAGACUUGUGGGUUCCGGCGGCGAACUGCACGAAGUGCAGAGCCGGCACUGCCAAGUUCGACAUCAGCCAGUCCUGCAAUGCAGUCCAAGUCGGCAACCGGAUAACAUUCCGGUACGGUGAUGGCACCGUGGCCACUGGAGGCUCAUUCUACGAUGCCGUGAAGAUUGGGGACCUCGAGGUCGCCAAACAGCUUUUGAUCCAGGUCGAUACCAUGGAGUCUGACACACACAUGAAGUCUGAUGGUAUCCUUGGCCUUGCCCAUCAUUACGCCUCAGACCGCGGCUUGCGCGGAGAGACCUUCAUGUCCACUCUGUUUCGGGAGCAUCCCCUUCUCCCAGCACAGUUCUCCUUCUACUUGACUGGCCGUGGCAAUGGUGGUGAAAGAUCGCAGCUGGUCUUUGGAAAUCCAGACUUGCAACACCAUUCCAAGGAGACAGAGUUUCACUACGGCAAGGGAGAUUACAUGUCCACAACGGAGCUGUGGCUGACCAGCGUGUGGUCUAUCGGCUGGAGUGGAACGGGCGUUGAUGUGACCUUCCCAGACCGUGGCACUUUGGGAGCUCCGGCACUGAUCGAUUCAGGGUCAUCACUGCUGGUCAUCGAGCCUGGCGUCUACGACCGACUUAUCAGCGAGCUGAAAUGGAGGUUUACAAAUUGUCAUGACCUACCAGAACAACAGAUCAUGAGUUGCGACUGCCCACCGGCGAACGACUUGAGUCGCAUUCCACAACUAGUUAUCAAUGUAAUCGAUGAGCACAACCAACAGUUUCCUCUUUGCAUGUCACCAGAUGAGUAUAUCCUAGAGUCAGUGGAUCCUAUAGAUGGGCGGACAUCCUGCGUGCCCUCGAUUCAACGCGGGUCUCCCAGCCAGCCAGUCCCAUUAAUUUUCGGCAUGACGUUCAUGAGGGCCUUCUACACAACUUUCGACCUCAAGAAAGGCCGGAUCGGCUUCGCCCGGAGCAACAUGUCACCGCUUCCAGGGAAUGCAAAGUGCUCUGCAGACGCACAGCCAUUGCUUCGGCGCAGCAUUUGGUUCGCCUCAUUGCUGGUGGCAGUCGGUUCGAUGAUCUUCGCGUGCUAUGUCUUCAUGGUGCCCGCGGGUCGCAUUGAUAUUUCACGGACGCGCAGCCGGGAAGCCCAAGAAGGGCUCGGGGUCCCUCCAGCAUCCGGCAUCUGA